GCCCUGGCAGCGGGGACUUUUGCGACCGGGCAGUGGCACUGCAAGGAGACAACUAGGGGCUGCAGGACGAAAUAAAACAUGGAGGAAGGUGAAGAAGACGUACCAAAUGAUGAGCUAAAGCCUUGCAAAAUUUGUGGUAGAACAUUCUUUUCAGCCACUCUGAAAAAACAUGUUCCAAUUUGUCAGAAGUCACUCGUUAAGAAAAGGAAAGCCUUUGACUCAAGUAGGCAGAGAGCUGAGGGAACAGAAAUCUCUACAAUAAAACCAGUUAAACCUCGGCCAGAACCUCCAAAGAAACAGUCUAAUUGGCGCAGAAAGCAUGAAGACUUCAUAGCUACUAUUAGAGCAGCUAAAGGCCUCACUCAGAUUAUGAAAGAGGGUGGAGAGCUUCCACCUCCCCCUCCACCUUCAUAUGAUCCUGAUUAUGUCCAAUGCCCUUAUUGUGGCAGGAGGUUUAAUGAGAAUGCAGCUGAUAGACAUAUUAAUUUCUGCAAAGAACAAGCAGCUCGGAUAACAAGUAAAAGUAAGCCUGUUGGCGAUGGAAAAGUAAAAAGCAUUCCUCGGACUCAGAUCAAACCUCCGACACUUAAGAAGACAAAUUCCCCUGCAUCCAUGUCUUCUCCAUCUACACGAUUGCCACAACCACCUAACUUUGGCAAACCUUCUUCAGGAACACCGUCAAGUAAGCCAGGUUUGAGCAGUGGGACUCCUGGAACCAAAUAUCAGACCUUUUCUCCUGCACAUAAAAAUUCAGGGAGUGUAGCAAGCCCCCAGGCUGGAGGUACAAUAAAAUCACGGACGCCACCAAGUUUAGCCAAAACUCAAACAACUGGGACUUCUGCAAACAAAAGGAUAACAUAUAAUGCUGAAAACUACUCGAGGCCUGAUGGUAAAUUGGGUCAAAAUGCUGGAGACCACUUUAGCUCUGUCAACGGAGGGCGCAUGAAAGGGGGUAAUGGUAAUGUGCCAGGACAGCUGACCAAGUUCUGCCAUGAGUGCGGUACCAAGUAUCCAGUAGAGUGUGCAAAGUUCUGCUGUGAGUGUGGAGUGAGAAGAAUGAAUAUCUGAGCUCAUCUUAAGGGACCUGGAAAAAGCCAAAAACAAAAAAAGAAAACCCUUGCUGCACAUUUUUUUUAACGUAUCACUAGAAACACCCUAAUAAUCCACCAAUAGAUUUUGCUUACAACAACUAUGUAUAUAGGCAGUGGUUAACUAGGACUGUGUGGUGCAUAUGUAAACAUUUUAACCUGCAGUGAAGUUCUGUGGAGUCCAUUUACAUAACUGUUAAAGUUUUGGGAGCAAAACCAACUUAAGUAGUCAGUGUACAACACUAUGUAUGGGCUUAUGUUCCUUAUUCCCCAUACACAGUUAACGCUGUCACUGAAAUAAAGAAAUGUUUAAUUUGAAACAUGUUUAGUAAUAAAUGUUUAUUGCAAAACUAAUUCUGUUCAUAAUUAAAAUAUUUUGACUACAACCGCAAAUAAGUGUAUGAAUUCAACACAGAUAAUUAUUCUUGAAUGUGAAGCAUGCUGUAAGCUAUCCCCUAAUAUCUUCCUUAUCUCUGGUAGCUGAUAUAUAUAUAUAUAUAUAUACUACAUCCAUUCUGCCAACAUUAUAUUACACUGCUGCAUGCUGCCUGAUAAGGAAUAUUGCUAGUAUAAAUUUUAAAAACACUAAAGAGGCCUCAGAUAGAACGAUACACUAAAUGCCUCUAUGAGUCAGCAGUUACUAUAGUUUACUUGUGUCCUGCUGAUCCUAAUACAAUUUGGCCUUGUGAUAUUAUGUUGGAUAGAGCCCACCCAAAACACAGUAACUAUAUCCUCCCAGCUGAAAGAAACCAGAUAGCUUUCAUAUGCUUCACAUUGAAGCACAGAUUUUUGUAAGUAUCAGAGGUCUUUGGGAGUCAAACGGCUGGUUGUUUUCAGUUCCUUUUUCUAUUAUCAUAUGAACAUAUCCAAUGUUUGUUCAAUGCAUGCUUAACCGUGUUAUUUUUUUAUAAAGGAACUUCUGCACAUCACCAUUCUGUAAAUAUGCCAUAUGGAAAGCAUGUAUAGCAACACUAAAAUAUCUCAUAAUUACUACACACAUUGUUGAAGCAGAAUGAAGGGGGAAAACAUGAUUUGUUUAAAACUAAAUUACACAUUUAUAUAUGCUUAAUUAUAGAAAUCGUUUAAAAACAAACAAACAUGAUUACCCGAUUCACCAUUCUACCUGCAUUGCACAGAAUAGUAAUACUAAUUGUUAGAUGCCUUCAAGAAGUGCUGCACAUUCCACCGAGGGUCUCUAUAGGAAUUUAAAUACAAUAGCUAUAAAUGAACUUCCUAGGGUUUUAUGUAAUGAUUUAAAUGGACAGUAACGUCAAAUUAAAGUGAAGGUAAAUUCUAGCGUUUUUUUUUUUUUAAAUGCUAUGGUUUUCCAGUGCCAUAAAUAAAGUUGACUUUCAGUCAUGAAGCAUAAAAAAAACUUAAAGUACUUUUAUUUGGCCUUGAGUCGACCGCCCAAAGCCAAUCUGCUUUUUUUUUUUUUUUUCUCUUCAGUGAGGUGACGUUACCACCUCUUAGCCAAUAGCCGUAGAAGCAGUUCAGCAUUAUGCUGCAUGGCUAGCACGCUAUUGGCUAAGAUGACAUUAUUGACAAAAAUGAGUUUUGCUGUGGGCAACGGGAAUCGUUGAGCUCGGCAAUAACUUGUGACCAAAUAAAACUACUUUCAGCAUGAACUCUUUUAUACCUCAUGACUGAAAGUUACCUUUAUUUUUGACACUGGUAAAUCCUAGUAUUUCAAAAAUGCUAGGAUUUACAAUCACUUUAAACUUUCAUGUAAUUUUCAACAACUUUCCACUUUUAUACUAUCCUAUGAGCCUACCUAGUUUUACUAUUCAACAAAGGAUACUAAGAAUACAAAGCAAAAUUGAUUGCAUAAGCAAAUAGUAAAAUUGCACGCUCUAUCUAGAUCAUGAGAGUUUAAUAUGACUCUACAGUACUCCAUUUCAUAUACAACAUUUUUUUAUUAUCCCUUUCAGAGAGCAUCAAAUUUUAUGACUAAUGCACCAAUAAAAUAAUAUUUGCAUGUGAUGGUUAUAAUAUGUUAAUGUAUUUCUCUUGAGUUUUGUGUGUUUGAUUUAUUUAUAUUUUGGUAUACAGUUUGUAUUAGUUUUUACCAUUUUGUUCAUUGUCUUUUCUCUAAAUUAUUUUGAAACUCAAAACAAAUUGUCAACAUAAAGAAUUAAGUAACAAACAUUAUGGGGUGACUUUAAAGGUGUAAUGGCAAAGUUAGUGUAUAUGAAUGAUGAUUUAUCAGCUAGCCCCUCAGAAAUUAUUUGUACAAAUAUAUUAAAAACAAGUGCCAGUUCUUUUUAAACUUGUAAAAAUGUCAAUGCAACCUAUGAUUUCAUGUAAAACAAAAUAUUUCUUUAAUCUUUCUGUGUACUUAUUUUUAUAUUUAUUUUUAUGCUGCAAUAAACAUUUUAAACGCUAACUUUUUAUGGAAAUGUGAGUGACACAAACUACAUUUGGUCCAAGAGUGUUGAUUUUUGUGUACUUUGUAUGAAUUUGUAUUUUACAACAAUAUUAAAGGCAUUCCUUCCAUGUAA